GCCUCCUUCGCCCGUGGCCAUGGAAGAGAUGUCGCUCCGCCAGUUCUCCACCGUGUCCGACCUCCUGGCCAAGCUGGCGGUGGACCUGAGGGCAGCCUAUCCCAGCUUUGUGCAGGAGUUCGUGAGCCCAGGCCUGGACGGGUGCAGUCAGCUGCUGGAGACCCUGCGAUGGACGCAGACCAGCCAGAGUAGCCGGCGGCAGGGGAUGCUGGACGAGCUGGCUUGCCUCCAGUGCCUCAGCCACUGCUUCAGGUGUCCGGAGACCGGGCUCAGGAUGGCCCAGUCCCCGGCCGGCCUCUUCGGGCUAGCCGCCUCCAUCAUGAGCAACCUCAACAAGUCCAGGAUACUCGCUCUACAGAUCCUCCGUAAGAUAUGUGAAGAAGCCGAAGAAAAAGGAUUUGGUCCAGUUUCAGAUGCUAUGUCAACAAUGAGGCUAAGGUUUGGGGAGCCAGUUCGGUUCAAGUUCCUCUGCGGAAUGCUAUCCAGCGCAACACCAGAUCUAUUGCACGCUGGUCUUGGCUUCAUCAAUAGCUUUUUAGAAUCUGCACCAGAAACACAAAUGAGACUCUAUAUACAAGCUGAGCUUGCUCAAGCUGGUUUCGAUCCUGACUUAAUUUCAAAAAAUAUUUCAGACAAAGCAGCCUGCUCUGAUCUUAUAAAGAGUGAACUGAACAGAUGGAGCUGGUUGCAUGUAGAUAUUGUGAAAUUAAAGUCACGGGAAGGGGAAUUAGUCAAAGAGGUUCAUCAUCUUAAAGAUAGGGUUAAGAUUUUGGAACGAAGAUUACAGAUGUUACAGGAAGAGAAAUCUCAAGUCACAAGAAGUGAAUCAAGGUUAAAAUCAAAAUGCAUGGAACUUGAGCGAGAAGUCUCCUCACUAAGAGGAGCUCCAGGGGCGUCAACUCCAGCUGAAGAUGAAGGAAUAAGUUCUUCUGGGCAAGACGAUGGAACAGAAAGGGAGCCUCUUAUUUAUGAAAUGUAUACUGUCAACAAUGUGUUAGAUUCUAAACCAAAACAAGAGGAGGAAACAACAAUAGAUGAAGUCAUAGAAGAACUACAGAAUAUAAUAAAUGACGCUGAAACUGAUAUUAAUGAUAAAAAAGAUAUUAAGAAAGAAAGAGAAGAGGCAGUACUUGCAAAAUAUUAUACUAAAUAUUUGCAAAGAUCAAGCAGUGAUUUGUCAACUAAUCAAAUCGAAAAUAAUGAAACAGAAAUAGUGCCAGUGAAGUUAGUUCCAUAUCCUCCAAGGAAAUCUAGAAGUAUGUUUUUCGAAAGAGAGUACAACAAUAAUGAUUUAUUUUUCGAAGAACAAUCGGACAACUCGGAUUCACUCCUUAGUGCUUCAAAUGAUCCUUCGCAGUAUGUUGAUCGUACAUCUAAACCUCAUGUUCCAAUUACUCAUAGAGAAGCUCAUAAGAGUUAUGUGAGAAGGCGAGAAACCUUCCAUAACGGGAUGCAAAAGGAAGAAGUAAUUGAAAUAAAACCAGAAAUUAAAAAUCGUAGGGGAAGUUUAGAUGGUGUAUUUUGUUAUAAUGAAGUUGAUUCCUAUACCAAAAGUACAAGAAUUUACAUAGACGGAAAUGAGAGUGUAGGUAAAAGAUUAAAAUCUAAAAGCUUAGACAGGAUUCGUGAAGGUCUCGAUACCAUGGUAGACAUAGUCGUUACCAAUGGCAUUGAAGAACAACCAAUCAUUAAGCCCAUACCUGUUCAGAGGAAUGGUUUACCAAAUAGUUAUAGUAUGACUUCGAGUAAGCAAUCCGAUGACAGCAUACGCUACACAUCUGACAGGGCAGUGUUUUUACCUAUCAAAAGUGAACCUUCCCCAACUUCUACACAAACCUUCCUUUUAAAAAGAGGACAUUUAAAUGCUGGGAUGUAUUCGGGACAACUAAAUUUAAAGGAUACUCCGAGUGUUACUACAACUAUAAAUAUUUCCGAUUAUUAUAACAAAAGUUUAACAGGGCUUAAUUUAUCUGUUACAGGAAAAUUAACAGAUUUACCAUCAGGAUUAUAUUGAUGACUGUAAAUUUAUACCAAAUGUAAAAAUACUUAGUCUAAUUAUAUAUUUACAAUUAGUUGAUUGGCAUAUUAUUUAUACUGGCUGAAUUAAAAUUAAGUCCAUAUCUUAGUAAAACUUCUUUUUAGACCCAUACUGAGGCCAUCUUUAAAUUAAUAUUUUUAAUUAGAUUAAACAAUAAUAAAGUGCAUAAAAUAAAUUCAUUUAUUGUUAAGCAUUAAAAUUAAAUCUUAAUAACUACUUAAAUUGGUAAAUUCAUUAUUAGUUAUGGUUUAUAGUUAGAGUUAUACUAUAAAAUUGUAUUUCAGUCGACUCUUAAUGACUUACAACCUCAAAACUUGACCAGCCUAUUUGUUUUUCUUUUUGUUUUUGAAACAGUGAAAAAUCUUCUCAAGUUAAAAAAAAAAAAUGUAAGAUAGCUUUAAAAUAUAUUUUUUAAUCUCAUAUUUUUGUAAUUUAAGGCGUAUAUUUUAAAUAAUAAUAUUACUUUCAUAACUUGAAAUGUCCUAAAGUUAGCCUAUAUCAAUCAAACUGUUUUAAAGUUUUUGUUUGAGUCAUCUGAGUUGAUCAUACCAUUUCUUCUGUUAUUUAUAAAUAAUGUUAAAACCUUUGUUUAGCCAAUAAGUCACCUUGUGAUGGACAAGAUAGAUGUAUAAUUAUGAUGAUAAGUAUAGUUACAAAAUAUUAUUAGUAAAAAGAUUUUUUAUCUUUGUGGUUAUUUGAAGUAAAAAAUAUUUUUGUUUUACUUAAUGACCAUGUAGAUAUUGAAUCAGGUUCAAGUGUUAUUUUCUAAGGCUGAAAAAAAUACACAUGUUUAUGCACUAUUCAUUUUAUAAUACAAAUACCUCACAGUAAGUCUUUUAAUUUUAUUGUAAAUCUGCCGAAUAUGGAAAAAAAAAAUAUAUAUAUACA